GCGGCGGCAGCGCCGGGAGCGCCGGCCCGGGACGCUGGAGAAUAAAUGAUAUUUCUUCAGGAUGGUGCUCAGUAGCAGCCUCUGCUCCUGCAUUCACGUGAUGGGGAUCAUCCAGCUCUGACAACACUGCUCAGUCUGAAGUGCUGUGGAAAGUUUGUCUGUGGGACCUUCACAACUGCGACCCAGAAUGUACUGGUGUGUGGGAACGGAGGAAUCCGCUGUUUGCAGGGAGAGCAACAUGGAUCCACAAAAUGGAACUGUGGACAUGGGUGGCAAACAGUCCACAAGUGGCGACGUCUCUGUCAUCCAGACCCCUGUGACAGAAAGCAUCCAGGAUGCCUACAAAGCUGGGGACACCAGCAAGGCCCAAGAGUUGAUUAGGUUGUCCUGUGAGGAGACUGCACUGCAAGUGGAAAAGUGUCAGCUUCUAGGCAUUGCAGCAGCAUUUGGAGAUCUGCAGGCAGUGAGGUACCUGCUGAAGGAGGCGUUGGUGGUGUUACCAACAGAGCCCAGCGAUGACAAUGCAGCGGUGGUGGCUGCCUAUUUUGGGCACAAGGACAUCGUGAAAGAGCUGCUGGAUUCCCUGCGUGGUCCUAAUACUUGCCAGCAGCUGCUGAACUGGAUGCUGGCCAUAGCCUGCCAGCAGGGCCACUUGGACAUUGUCAAGCUCCUGAUCCGUGCCUACAGUGCUGACCCAGAGAGCUGUGCAGUCAGGAAGAACGAAUUCCCCGUGCUCAUCCGCCUGCCCCUCUAUGCUGCUAUAAAGGCAGGGAAUGAAGAUGUAGCUGUGUUUUUGUUGAGGAAUGGAGCUUUCUUCUGUUCCUACAUCCUGAUGGACAGUCCUGAAUCCAGCAAACACCUUCUGAGGAAGUAUUUCAUUGAGACAACCCCACUACCAGGUAGUGCUCCAGCAAAAACAGCUUUGUGUGUGAACUGGUCAAACCUCAAACUGCCCUGGGUGGAUCUAGACUGGCUGAUCGAUAUCUCCUGUCAGAUAACUGAGCUUGAUCUCUCUGCCAACUGCCUGGUGUCCCUCCCAUCCGUGAUCCCGUGGGGGCUGAUAAACCUGCGGAGGCUCAGCCUGGCUGACAAUCAGCUGACAGAGCUGCCCAGUGUGCAGAGCUCUGAUGAGAUCAUUUGUACAAGGUUACUUGAGGUUGAUGUAUCCAGCAACAGGCUCUCCACUCUCCCUACUGGAUUUCUACAUCUUAAAAACCUUAAAAAACUCAUCGCUUCCAAAAACUAUAUGGAGAAGUUAUUUGACGAGGAAAACACAACUAAUUGGAUUGGUUUAAGGAAGCUGCAGGAGUUUGACGUCUCUGACAACAGGUUGGUGGAACUUCCAACGGUUUUUCUAUACUGCUUCAAGUCCCUAAACAUACUGAAUGUUUCCAGAAAUCAGCUGAAAGUGUUUCCAGAUCCCUGGGCCUGCCCCCUGAAAUGUUGUAAAGCAUCUAGAAACUCACUGGAAUUUCUACCUGAUGCAUUGACUGUGUUCUGGAAAAAUCACCUGAGAGAAGUGGAUUUUUCUGAGAAUUCACUGAAAGAAGUUCCAGCAGGACUCUUCCAGCUUGAAGCUUUGGUGUCCCUGAAGCUGCUGGGAAAUCAGUUAGUUACGUUGCCUUCACAGGAUAAGUGGAAUUGCAAACAACUAAAGUCGCUGGAUCUUUCAAAAAACCAGCUUGGGAAGAAUGAUGAGGGAUUUAAAACGAAGAGGAUCCCCUUUUUCACCACGAAGAACAGGGUGCGUGGUGGCCACGAGGCAGGUCCUUUUUUGGAGUUUCCAGCAUUUCUGAGUGAUUCUCUGGAGGUUCUUUAUCUGAACGACAAUCAGCUGGACUCUGUCCCUCAGUCCGUUUGCCUCCUGAAAGGUUUAACAGAGCUUUAUUUAGGAAAUAACCCUGGUAUCCGAGAGCUUCCUCCAGAACUUGGACAGCUGGCUAAUCUCUGGCAGCUGGAUAUCGAGGAACUAAAUAUCAGUAACGUUCCUGCAGAGAUCAGAAAAGAGGGUCCCAAGACGGUGCUGGCGUACCUGCGAGCGCAGCUGCGGCGCGCCGAGAAGUGCAAGCUGAUGAAGAUGAUCGUCAUCGGCCCCCCCCGGCAGGGCAAGUCCACGCUGGUGGAGAUCCUGCAGACGGGCAAGGUGCCCCAGGUGAUGCACAGCGAUGCCACCAUCCGCACCACCAAGUGGGAGCUCCCCAAGCCCGUGGGGCACAAGGCAAAGGUUGAUUCAGUGGAGUUCAAUGUCUGGGAUAUCGGAGGCCCAGCGAGCAUGUCUACAGUCAAUCAGUGUUUCUUCACAGACAAAGCAUUGUACAUAGUGGUCUGGAACUUGGCACUGGGGGAAGAAGCUGUGGCAAACUUACAGUUCUGGUUGCUGAACAUUGAGGCCAAGGCUCCAAACUCAGUGGUGUUGGUGGUGGGAACACACCUUGAUUUGAUUGAAACGAAAUUCCGUGUGGAGAGGAUAGCAACCCUGAGGGCUUAUGUCCUGGCUUUGUGUCGGUCUCCCUCUGGAUCCAGAGCCACUGGCUUCCCAGAUAUCACCUUCAAGCACCUGCAUGAGCUCUCGUGCAAGACUCUGGAAGGCCUCGAGGGACUGCGGCAGCUGAUUUUUCAUGUCACUUGCAACAUGAAGGAUGUCGGCAGCUCCAUUUGCUCCCAGAAGCUUGCAGGGAGAUUGAUACCAAGGAGUUACCUCAGCCUUCAAGAAGCUGUCCUUGCAGAACAGCAUAGAAGAAGUCAAAAUGAUGAUGUGCAGUAUUUAACAGACAGACAAAUAGAGCUGAUGAUCGAGCAGACACCUGGAAAUGACAUCAAAGACUAUGAAGACUUGCAAACUGCCAUUAAUUUUCUCAUAGAAACAGGGACACUACUGCACUUCCCAGACACAAGCCAUGGCCUGAGGAACCUCUACUUUCUUGACCCUGUCUGGCUCUCAGAGUGCCUGCAGAGGAUUUUCAACAUCAAGAGCUCCAGGUCUGUAGCUAAGAAUGGAGUCAUCAGAGCAGAGGACCUCAGGAUGCUGCUGGUUGGGACGGGUUUCACCGAGCAGACCGAAGAGCAGUACUUCCAGUUCUUGGCCAAGUUUGAGAUCGCCCUGCCUGUGGCCAAUAACAGCUACCUCCUCCCUCAUCUGCUUCCUACCAAGCCGGCGUUAGAUAUCCACGGGCUCUGCCACCAGACUGCAAACACGGUCCAGAGGGUCUUCAAGAUGAGUUUUGUCCCAGUUGGCUUUUGGCAAAGGUUCAUAGCCCGGAUGCUAAUUAGCCUGGCAGAGAUGGACCUCCAGCUCUUUGAAAACAAGAAGAACACCAAGGCAAGAAACAAAAAGGUGACCAUCUACAGCUUCACAGGCACCCAAAGGAACCGCUGCAGCACAUUCCGAGUCAAAAGGACUCACACUGUUUACUGGCAGGAAGGUCUGUUCGUUACCUUUGAUGGAGGCUAUCUUAGCGUCGAGUCUUCUGAUGUGAACUGGAAAAAGAAAAAAAGUGGUGGAAUUAAAAUAAUUUCCCAGUCAGAAGUGAGAGACUUUUCAGCCAUGGCAUUCAUCACGGAUCAUGUCAACUCUUUGAUAGACCAGUGGUUCCCUGCCCUCACAGCCACGGAGAGUGAUGGCACGUUGCUGAUGGAGCAGUAUGUGCCCUGCCACAUCUGUGCAGCUGCCAGGCCGGAGCAGGGCGAGGGCGAGAGGGCAGAGGACGUGCAGUACUUCAACAUGGAGGACUGUGUCCUGACUGCCAUUGAGCUGGACUACAUCACAUGUCCUAACCACCCUGACAUCCCUGUGUCUCUCCAAGAGCUGGUCCCAGAGCUUUUCAUGACUGAUUUUCCUGCCAGACUAUUCCUGGAAAAUAGCAAACUGGAAUGGAGUGAAAAUGAAAACAACGUUCUUGGCCAGGGUGGAAGUGGAACUGUUAUAUAUCGGGCACGAUACCAAGGAAAACCAGUGGCUGUGAAGAGAUUUCAGAUUAAAAAAUGCAAGGGUUCUCCCACUUCAGCUGCAGAUACCAUGCUGAAGCACCUGCGGGCCAUGGAUGCCAUGAAGAACUUCUCGGAGUUCCGCCAGGAGGCCAGCAUGCUGCACUCCCUGCAGCACCCCUGCAUCGUGUCGCUCAUCGGCAUCAGCAUCCACCCGCUCUGCUUCGCGCUGGAGCUGGCCCCGCUGGGCAGCCUCACCACUGUCCUGGCCGAGAACUCCAAAGGGUCCUCCUUUGUGCCGCUGGGACACAUGCUGACACACAAAAUAGCCUACCAGAUCGCCACAGGCCUGGCCUACCUGCACAAGAAGAACAUCAUCUUCUGCGACCUCAAGUCAGACAACAUCCUGGUGUGGUCCCUGGACGUCAGGGAGCACAUCAACAUCAAGCUCUCCGACUACGGCAUCUCGCGGCAGUCGUUCCACGAGGGCGCGCUGGGUGUGGAGGGCACCCCCGGCUACCAGGCCCCCGAGAUCCGGCCCCGCAUCGUCUACGACGAGAAGGUGGACAUGUUCUCCUAUGGGAUGGUCCUGUACGAGCUGCUGUCUGGGCAGAGGCCUGUGCUGGGUCACCACCAGCUCCAGAUCGCAAAGAAACUGUCCAAAGGGAUCCGUCCCGUGCUCGGGCAGCCCGAGGAGGUGCAGCUCUACAGGAUGCAGGCACUCAUGAUGGAAUGUUGGGACACUAAGCCAGAAAAGCGUCCCCUGGCCACCUCUGUGGUUGGGCAGAUGAAAGAUCCAACCUUUGCAACGUUUAUGUACCUGCUGCCCUGUGGGAAGCAAUCUUCCUUCUUCUGCUCCCUGGGGCAGGAGUACACUGUUGUGUUCUGGGAUGGGAAGGAGGACACCAGGAACUACACAGUGGUGAACCUGGAGAAAGGAGUCAUGGAAGUGCAGAGGAUGAGCUGCCCAGGAAUGAAGCUGUGCUGCCAACUCAAAUUUCAGAAUGCCCUGUGGGCAGCCACAGAGGACCAGAAGAUUUCUGUGUAUGGAUUGCAGGGCAUGUGUCCCUUAAAGACUCCACUGAAGGGUUUAGACACUCCUGCCACUGUGAGCUGCUUCCUAGUGAUGCCUCUUGUCAAAAGGAACUCAUACAUGGUGCUGGCUGGCUUGUCAGAUGGACUGGUAGCGGUGUAUUCAGUGUCCCAGGGCCUGCCAGGGGACAACUGCUCCUACCUGUGCUCCCACACAGCAAACAGGUCCAAAUUCCACAUCUCGGACGACGACCCGCGGCAGAACCCGUACCCGGUGCGGGCCAUGGAGGUGGCCAACAGCGGGGCCGAGGUGUGGUACAGCAACGGCCCCGGCCUGCUGGUCAUCGACUGCGCCUCCCUGGAGAUCAGCCGGAGGCUGGAGCCCUUCAGCCCGCCCGCCUGCAUCGCCUCCAUCGCCUGCACCUCCGAGUGCCACGGCGAGGAGGUGGUCUGGUGCCUGGAUGACAGGAGCAACUUCCUGGUGAUGCUGCACGCCACCAGCUACCAGCUGUGCGCACGCUACUUCUGCGGGGACUGCAGCCCCCUCAGAGACAUGUUCACCAUCCAGCAGCCCUCGGCUGCCAUCCCUGCCACAGCCCCCCUUGGCCACGGGGCCGUGGAGAGCAGCCCUCCAGGGGACAUGAGCAUCAUGUACAGCCCGGACGUGGGGACCCAGAUCCUGAACCACCAGGACUCGCUCACAGAUUACUGCUCUGUCUCUUCCUACUCCUCCUCUCCUCCCAACGCCGUAACCCGCUGCCCCUCCAGCCUGCCCAGCUCGCCCAUGAGCUCUUCCAGUGCACCCUUCUCCACAGAUUUUGAGGAGUCUGAGAAAUUCCAUGAGCUGAAGGCUCCCCUGGAUCAUGAUGCUUCUUCCCCUGUGUGUGACAACACGGACCACCUCCAAGCAGUCAAGAUUCUUCCUGUAAAAGACCUCAUCUGGAUCCCCAGGAGAGGAGGGGACAUCAUCGUCAUCGGGCUGGAGAAGGAGUCGGGCACGCAGCGGGGCAGGGUGAUGGCCGUGCUGAAGGCGGGGGAGCUGGCUCCCUACGGGACUCUGGUGGAUGCAGCUCUGGUAGCAAAGGACACGGUUGUGUGCUGCUUUGAGAACGAGCAGACGGAGCGGUGCCUGGCGGUCUGGAGGGGCUGGAGUGCCAGAGACUUUGACAUUUUCUACCAGGCCUACGAGGAGCUGGGCAGGCUGGAGACCUGCAUGCGCAAGAGGAGGUAGUGCCCGUGGGACCCCAGGCUGCGGGAGACGAGCGCCCUGGGCUGGGGGACACGGCCCACACCAGGGCUGAUGGGGCACUGUGCGUCUGGUUUGCUGCUAGGGAGCACCCUGGGCUUCCCAGAGCCCCAGCAGGGCUUUGGGGAGUGAAGCUGCUGGGACAGGCCUGGGAGCUCUCAGCUGCCCUGCACUGGUUGUGAGCAAAGGCAGAGGUGGCUGCAGUUCUGCUCAUCCCCCCAUUUCCAGUUUGUUCUUCCCCAUUUUGAAUUCCUUCCUCACCUUCAGCAUGCCCUGGCUGCUGCUGCUGUUGUUGUGUUGUGUGUGUCAGCCAGGAGAGCUCUGUGGGCUCUUCCCUGGGAGCCUGAGCACGUUUCAGUCCUGGCUGGCACUGUGGGCUGAUUCACCCUGUUCCCAGGAGGAAUGCAUCUGCUGGAAACCCUGCACUGUGGGCUGCUUCCCACCUCCCUGCAGCUCCAUUAGGGGCUACUUCAGGUGUAGUCCCUGUGCAGAGACACCCUGGUGUAGGAGCCAGUGAGAAGCUGUGGCUGGCCACUGCAUUUCUGGUUCCUAAAAUCUGCAGUGGUGCAGUGUUCCUUUGAGGGACCCCAAAACAACCUGCCAAGAAUGCUGCACCAGGAGUGAGUGAGCUGGUUCAUGGCACUGCUGCUUUGGCAAUGGAGCUGGUGGAAAGCAAAGCCACUGGGUGUGACAGAUAUUCCUGGUGGAAGAGAAGGGAGCCCCCUGACCAGGGAGGUUUAUAAGCUGUCUCUGCUCCACUCCUCUUUCUCUUGGGAAAUGCACUCUGGAGCAGCAGGAGCACAAUAAGCUCAGUUUGCCUGUGUAUCUGUGCAGCUUCUGCCCACCACAGCUUCUAUUUUAUCUUCAUUAGUGGCCUGGGAUGCUGUAUUGGCUCUGAAUCCAAUUGCACUUAAUUAUCCCAAGCAUGUACAGCAGUGUAAAAAGUGCCCCCAGCUAAGCACCCUGUAUAAAGGUGUACAGUUUGAAUUUUGGACCUUUCUUUUUCUUUUUUUUUAUCCCAAGAAUAUUGUGUGAGCAUCGGCAAGGCUGGCCAAGGCCGAACGGGCAGGUUAACCCUCUGGUUCACAUUUCUGUUGCAGGCUGCUAAAAUUUCUUCUUCAGAAAGAGAAUGUAUCCUAAAAUAAACUGGUUUCUCCGCA